AUGAGCGGGUUUGCUUGGAAUCCUACUACAAAACAAUGGGAUGCGGAGCCACAAACGAAACCAAAGGCAGCAACAUUGAGAUUUUUAUAUGGAAAUGAUAGAGCAACUUGUGAGGAUGCGGAGACUGCAUUUGAGAUGAGCAAGAGGCGAGCUUCAUCUACUGAGAAUCUAUUUACCACAACAAUCGAUGAGGUUGACAAUCCUGUAUCUGAAAACAAAGUUGUCUUGGAGAAUAAUUGGAAUUCUAUUGACGUGGAGAAUGAUAUCUUCAGUUUAUCUACUCAACAUGGUUCAAAGGGGGCAAAUACUAGAGCAUCUAGUAAGAAACGAAAAAAGAAAGAUGCAAUAAAGGAUAAAGCGUCCGAGUUUGAGAUUAUGAAAGGAACAAUAGAUAACGUUGCCACUGCGCUACGAGAAGGUAAUGAGCUAUUCAAAGACAUGUACUCUCGUAAAGUUCCCUCAAUUUAUGGCGAAGAGACUUGGGCUUUAAUUAAUGAAUGCGGGUUUGAAAGUAAUUUACUCACUGACAUUUGUUGCUAUCUUAUGAACGACACCGACAAACUUCGAUGUGUUGUUCAAUGUCCAUCAGAAGCUCGUAAGGAUUUUAUCAUGAGAAUGAUGUUUGGCCCAUCCAAUCCACCAUUGUGA